AUGGAGACCGGUGAUUUGAGCCCAGCGCCCGGCGCUUCGUUUCUCGGCCUCUUGGCCGUUACUCUCGGGGCACUGCUGGCUGCUGGGAUUGCCUUUCGACGCGCCGCACGGUUACGCCGCGAGGGAUCGGCGGUUCAGCUGCUGUCACGGCUUCCGCAUGGCCCCUGCAAGGUCCUCUCAGGGUUCCUUGAUCUUCCACAGCUGGAGGUCCUUGCAGAAGUGCGCCCUGCAUGGGACUUCUCCACAGAAAUGCAGCUGGCGGCAGAAUUUCUCGAACGGCAGGCUUGCUGGGCCGUGCUAUGUGGCAGCGAGGUUUUUCAGCCUUUCGGGUCCACGAGAAGCUUCAAACUUCAUGUCUUGCGUAAGCAGCUGUCGCAGACGGUUGUAUGCGCUUGCGCAGAGCCCUCUACGAUCACCACAGAGCAUGCGGGAAAGAGAAAGAUCAUGCUUGGAGAUAUCUGGUACGAUGCAAUGAACCAGGCCCUGGAGAAAGACAUUCCAGUUCUGCAGUGGUUCGUGACCGACCGCCAGGAGCCGACAGCCCUUCAUGGGGAUACGUGGCACGGCGCGGCGCAGAGCAUGCGCUGCCAGGGAGGCCGCUGUUGGGUGGAAAGGGCCAAGUUCCUGAAGAGACGAAAGACAUCCUGGACUUACAGCUGGUACACUUUGACACUGCCUUUGUUCCUCGAUGAAAUGCAGGAAGCGGAUGCCUUGCUCUUCCAGCUUGGCAUCGUAGGCCAGUAG